AUGACCUUGGGUGCUGUCUCCAAUGUGGUGGCUUUGGCUAUCCUGGUGCAGUCUUACACCCGCUUCCGGCGCCGUUCCAAGGCCACCUUUCUGCUGUACGCUAGCAGCCUGGUUAUCACCGACCUUGCAGGCCACGUCAUUCCAGGCUCCUUCGUGCUGCGUCUUUAUGCCACACAGAGCAACUGGGAAAAGAUGGACCCUUCCAAAUCCCUCUGCCAGUUCUUUGGAGCCUCAAUGGUAUUCUUCGGACUGUGCCCGCUCUUCCUGGGCUGCAUCAUGGCAGUGGAGCGCUGUGUGGGCAUCACUCGUCCUUUGUUGCAUGCUUCCUUGGUGACGCCGGGCCGGACUAAACUUUCCUUGCUGGGACUGUGGGGCACUGCCCUCGCCAUUGCCCUGCUGCCUCUCUGCAGCUUCGGGAGCUAUGUCGUCCAGGCCCAAGGCACCUGGUGCUUCAUCAAGGUGCGAGAGGCAGAAGCUUGGCCUGACGUGGGCUUUGCCCUGCUCUUCUCCACACUGGGCUUGGCCUCGCUGGUGGCCUCCCUCUUUUGCAACACCUUCAGUGGACUCAACCUGGUGCGGGCUCGGCUCCGCAGUCAGCGCAAGUGUGGGCACCGGCGGGCCAAAGCCCAUGACAUUGAGAUGGUUGUGCAGCUGGUGGGGAUCAUGGUGGUUUCCUGCAUCUGCUGGAGCCCCUUACUGGUGAGUGGGGUGGGGUGGGAGGGGAGAUUAGUGGAAAUCAUAGUCCUGCUUUUGCAUCCAACUUGUCGUUGUGAGAACAGGAUCCUGGUCUAGGUGGACCAUUGGGACCAUCUUAAAUGCUGGAAUGUCUAAGAGGCAGCUGGGAGGGAGGAGUAGCAGCAAUAGAAUGAAAGUAGGACUUUCGUGUGCUGGUGAGCAUCAGUGAAGUCUCCAGCAUGGGUGGAUAGAAUCUUGCAGGGGGCGUGCAGCGCCUUGAUGAGGAACGGGAUUUAGUUUGCCCAAACUGCAUGGCAGUGGCGUGUUGGACAGGGGACUUUUCCAGCCCUAUUUAAAGAUAGCAGAGGUUGAGCUUGGAACCUUUCACAUCUAAAGCUAUGACCCUUCACCAAAGUUCUAACGGCACUGAUGUUUGCACUGAAGUAAUGUGACUGUGAUCCACAGAGGUGCCUUCCUGGGGAAAAUUAUAAUUGGAAGAUUUCUGGAGGUCAAUACCACCAGGAGGCCAAAGCAUCAGCUAAUCAAACUAUUAUGGUGCAUGGGCCUCCAUGAAGCAGAUUUGGUAGGUCCUUUCUUCUCUUAAAGUCCAGGCAGCAAACUAAGCAGCUGUCCCCUUAAUGAGUCUAUGGAGACUGGGAAGCUCUUAUCAGGGAACAAAUGUAGGCAGGUUGAGUGAGGAUGGUGCAAUGACUAUACUGACAGUUUGGUGUGUGCAUAGUUCCUAUUUCUCUGUUUCCAAUUUUCGUUAGGAUCACUGAGAGAGUAAGUUAAAAGGCCGCAGCAGAAUUACUGUCCUCUUAACUGCUAUUCUUGCCUCUUUCUGUUCCCAGGUCUUUGUCAUCUUGUCAGUGACCAACUCCCAUGGAGACCUUAAUUAUAAGGAGCUGCUAUUCCUGGGUGUGCGACUAGCCUCCUGGAACCAGAUCCUAGACCCCUGGGUAUAUAUCCUGCUUCGGCGUGCUGUGCUACGCAAGCUGCUUGCUCUAGUUAUUCGGCGCCCUUAUUUCAAGGGAGUCCGCUUUGACCGCUGGGAAGCCAGCUCCUUCCAAAGCUCUGAGCGCAGUAUAGGGCUGGCGGGAGCAAGCAGGAGAACCUCUACUCUGAAGACCCCCUAA